AUGAAGGAGGAUGGAUGGUGGUUUGGACUUGGGUCUGGCACAAUUUGGCAAGCGUUGAGUUGCUGGGAAAUUGAUGUGCUGAAAGGCGCGGGGUUUCCUUUGCAUUCGUUACCCAAAGGGGAGGAACCCAGGUUUAAGGCUGGGAAAUUGAAGGAGAUGUGGUGUGGAUGUGGAUGUGGAUGUGGAGUACCUGUUGGUACUAGUGUGGGUGCGGCGUUUGGAGACUUGCAAUGCGCUGUGCAAUUGUGCAUUCACGACAAGAAUGCUGUGCUGAAUAUCUCAACCAGCGCACAACUUGGCUUUUUCAUGAAGCCAGACUUCAAACCAAAGGUGGAAGGAGAUGGGUUUCAGCCAAUUCAGUACUGGCAAUAUUUAGGAAAAACAUUUUUGGCUGUAGCUGCUGGUCUCAAUGGUGGGAAUGUUCUUGCCAAAUGGAUUGCCAUGUUCAGUGAAGUGUUCAAGUUGGUUGGGGUCCCAGCAGUGGCUGAUGACAUCCUUUGGCAGGAGUCUUCUGAUUGUGAGUCUUCUGAUUGUGUGUUGACACGUGCAGCAGCUGGCGAUGAUGCCCUCAACACCAACAUUACAGCGUCUCCAUUGUUGGUUGGCGAGCGUCAUCUUCCUGCCAGUCGGGGAAGCAUUUCCAAUGUGGGACCGGAUGGGUUCAGUGCUUCCGGAAUAACCCAUGCCCUGUGCCACGGAAUCAAGAUCCUCCGGGCAUCUGGGGUUCAGGGCAUUCUGGGCACGGGGUCUGCGUUGAUCAAGAGUCGGGCAUUGAGGGAUGAAGUUGGUCUGCACUUUGAGUUGCCUUUUGUGCUCAGGCAGUCUGGAGACGUGGCUGUGAUGGCGGGACAUGCGGACCCUGGUGAGAAUGACAUGAUGCAAACUGCACUCGGACAAACUGAGGAAGAAGCUGGACUCAGAGCAGCUGAUUUAGAAGUUGACUCCAAUUUCAGGAGGACUUUGGAAGGUGAGCCAAAAAGUGUGAUUUAUUGGCUGGCAAAGCUGAGGAACCCCACAACUCCAGUGAUUUUGUCUGAAGAGCGUCGGGCCUUUCAGUGGCUGGGAUUGAUGACUGCUUAA